UUAUUUUUUUUCAGUACAUACAUAUGGACAUACAUAAUACUAUUUGUCAGUACAUCCUAAUAUUAUCUAAUUGUUUAAUGGAGUUGGUUUUAGUUCGGGUUAUUUAAAACCAUGCUAGAUGCUGAAUCAUGUUUGUGAAGAACAAGAAACAACGUAAGACACGAGGAUUUUUAUUAAUAUCUCAUACAAAAGUUUCUCUGAGACAUUUUGUUUGAUAAGCUGGACUAGACGCUAAACAUUAAUUAUUCAGUUAAAGAUUUAACAAUUCAAAGCUAAUGAUGAGUCAUUCAAAUUGAAGAUUCAAUCUAUGUAUAAAUUCAAUCCCACCUCUAUUUCAAUAUUUGGCUUGGCAUCCAUCCAGAGAAUAUAUGAUUUACGCCCUAAGAGUAUUUAGAAACUAAAACUUACUAAGUUGUGUGGUUUUGACCUAAACAAAAGUGGGCAUGAAAUAGAUGAUUUUAGUAGCAUGAUAUCAUAUUUUUCUAUGACCAAAUUAUUAAAUUCGUUGCAUCCAAAUUAUUAUUUUAAGGUAUAUAUAUCAUGAUCGCUAAAGUGAAUCUUUCAUUCAUCAUGCAUUGUAACAUAGCACUUUAAUUUAUUAUUCAUUUUUUACACACCUGGUGCACAUAUUACAUAUCUAUGGAGCAUACAAGUAUACAACUCAACACUAUAGAUUCUGUAUUUUUGGAAUUAUUUUUUCGCUUAAAUUAACGUUUAUUUGUGUAGUCUCAUCUUUAUUUUAAUGAGCCUGUCUAUCAAUUUAUCUAGCUAUUCGUUAUACGAUACAAGUCAUACCAGGUGGACUGCAAGGGUGGGCCUGAGGCUGAGAAAUCUUAAAUUGCGUAUUAAAUUCUGUGCGGGCGUCCGUUUGGAUAAAACCCAGCGGUCGCAUUGGAAUCCUAAGUCCUGACAAUCAGACCCCUCACGUGCUCGAUCCAACGCUCAAUUAUAUAAAACACGUCCCAACGGUAAAGUUCGAAGUCGACAAACCCGAUGGAGCCACGUGGUGGUUCCUUUCUUUUCGCUGCGCGGGAAAAGCACGGGCAACCGAAUUCGCUUCAAAUUCAAAAAAAUUCAAACGAGCCUUCAACGCUCUCUCACUCUCGCGCCUCGCCACCCCUUCUCUUUUUACCAAACAACAAAGAACUCCCAUGGAUGUCACAGAAAUCGGACGAGGAUUUCUUCUCCCCCUUCGUCUGAUGAAGGAUUUCGUUUAAUUCCAAUCGGUUUGCUUUUCUUUGGUUCUUUUCCUUAAAUUCCAUGGAGAUGGAGUUAGAUUUCAAGAGCAUGAAGAGGAAAGAGCUCCAGGCGCUGUGCAAGAAGCAUGGGUUGCCGGCAAAUUCCACCAAUUUGAACAUGGCUGAGAGCCUCGCUUCCCUUCUCCAGAAGAAGGAACAUAAAUGUGAGGAGAUGAAGCCCAAGGGCUGCCUGAAGGGCUCAGGUGGAAGCAGCGGGGAGGAUGUUGGAAGAGCGCGGGGGGUUUCAAAGAAAGUCAGCUUCUCUUUAGAGGAAGAUAAGCUUGAAUUCGAUGAGUUACAGAGGAAAUCAGAUGGGAAAUACUCUCCAAAGAAGAGGAAGUUCAGUUGUCGGAGGUCUGAUAUUGCUUUCAGGCCAGUAAAGGCCCUUGAGGAAGAUGAAGCGGUUGAAGUUCCAGCAAGAAAUACACGGUCUCGAUCGCUUGCAGUUAUGGUAAUGUGGUCCCCUGGUGUGGAAAAGAAGAAAGGGAGAAAGCGCAUGGAAGCUGUUUGCCAGAAUGACGAGCCACCUCAAGUAGUGAAGUUGCUGAGUCCAGAUAAAAGGAAUGAAAGGAAGGCAGAGACGGAACUGUCUCGUGAUGUGCCAACAACCAGAACCUUGAGGAACAGGGUGGUUGUGGUCAAAGGAGAUGAAGGGUUAGUGCGAGAUUCAAAACCUAGGAGAGCCCAGACAAAGAGAACUGCCAAAGACAAAAAUCAAGCUUCAAUAGCUCCUUUGUUUCAAGAAGCCACCAUAGCUAAGGAAGUGGAGAAUGAUGAAGUUUUCAGAGGGAAAUCUUGUCCUAAACAUUCGCGCGGUGCAGUCUCUGCGGAAGAAAUUUAUGCUUAUAAUGGAAGUGAGAUGGUUCCUUCUUGUGAGGAUCCUCCUUUGAGGAGAUCAAAACGCAUUAGAGCGCUCGAUCAUAAUUUAGAGGAAGGUAAAUCCAAAGGUGAUGCAGUUGCUAAAACGAUCAGGCCAAAGAACAUGAGAAAUGAAUCUUUGCAAGUUUCAGUUACAGUUGUGAAUAAAGCUGAAAAGCAAGUUGCAGAGGAAACAGAGAUGGCCCCUCUGAUCGGAGAAGCUUUAAAGAGAUCAAGGCAUAAUGUUUCAAGGGGUAAUGAGGAGUCAGGACUUGGAACCUCCUUGCCGGCAUGUAGGGAACUGAAAGAUGAAUGUGUUGCAGUAGCUGGGAAGAUUUCGAGUAAGAAAAGAAGAAAGAAUGCUCCUAAUGGAAGAGAUCUUGCAUCCUCUGUACCUGAUAGGAGCAUGUCAAAUGAAACUGCAGCUAAAAGAGUCAAUAGAGGAAAUCUCUGCGAGCAUAAAGAACCUCCCAGGAGAUCAACACGUAGUUCUUCGGUGCACAGAAUCCUGGAUCAUGAGACUAAUGAUGUUGGAAUAGUCCAGAAAAAUGAACCAGUGAAGCAAGAAAGGCACAUACGAACAAGAAGGGGAAUGAUGAAAAGUGCUGCUCCUAGCAAUGAAAUUGAAACUUCACUUCAAGCACCAGAAUCUCAAGAGGAAUCCCAAAUGGGGUCACAACCUGAAGAAGGUCUAAGGCAUUUAAGAUGCAAUGCUUCAGAAUUCAGCAUGCCUGAUCAUGAGAUUUCCCUUCCUGUUGGCAGGAAUCUGUUAGAUAAUGAAACCAAUGGAAUGAAUAAGUUGCAGAAGCAGAACAAACCUGAACUUGAGAUUUCCCUACUUGAAGGUGAGAAAUCAGUGGAUGAUGAAAUAAAUAGAGGGAAGAAUUUGCAGAAGCAGCAAAGAGGUCAGAUUCUGGGAAAACCAGGUUCAGAAGCUUCUGUUCCUGAUUGCAAAACUGGGGUUCACGCUGCAUGUUCGGACACUGUUCCUGUAACAUUAGCUGAUGAGAAACAGAAGCAUGAGAAGCAUGCUGAAAUUCAAACAGUUGGACUUCAGGUCAUGGAGGCAAAAUUUAGUGGAUAUACUGUGAUGGAGGAUUGCAGCAGCAGUUUUCGUGGGGCAACUAACCGUGAAGAUAACAAUGGAGGCAAUGAAGUAGCAAAGAUUACUGAUGAACUUUUGUCUUGCAAUCAUCCUGAAGUGCUUUCAGCAGCCAUUGUCGAAGGAGAUUCUUCAGUGAUUGAUCUUAAUCUUAAAACACCUGGUAUGCCAGUUGAAGUUCAUGAUGUUAGCAAAAUGGCUUCUCAAGUUGAUAAUUUCUUGCUGGUUGAUACUAGCGACAACCAGGAAAGGACCAUUCAGCUUUCAACUGUUGUUGCUGGUAGUGAUUCGGAAGAUAUGUUGAACCAGCAAAAAAUCUGCAGAAAUGAGAUGGUAAAUUGUAGGGCAGCUGAAGAUACCACUCUAAAUGCUCAAUCAACACCCGAUGAAUCUGAUGAUGUGAAACAAUGUUGUGAAACUGUUGCUAAGCCUAAUGAUCCCCACAUAUGUGAAACUGCUGUUGAUGAAGGUAAAGAUAAUUCUACAAAUUUCAGUUUAUUCAUUAAUUCGGGAAAAGUUGGUUUUCAAUCUGGGGAGAGUAAUUUUCAGGAAAACUUUAAAGAUGAAAUUAGACAAUCUUUUCCCAACGAGAGUAUUCCUCUUAAUGUAUGCUCUGAUGAAGUUAGGAUAUCAUACGGGGAAUUUCCAAAGGGUGAUUCCGAUGGUAUGCAAUCUGGCUCUUCUAGCAAUGUUAUGGACUCUGACUCUGUAGAGCAGAUAGCUAAAUAUAAAGAGUUAUCCCUCUCCAAGCUUGUUGAAGUGUCAUGCGGAAUAAAAGAAAAACUUCAGGAGGUGAAAGAAAAGUCCAAAACAUCUUUUGAUGGCCAUCUACUUGCAAAAAAUGAAGAACAAGUCGCUAUUCAGGUCGAUUCUAUUAUAUCUGAGGAACAAGAAGAAGCCUUGGAGAUUGGUUUGGAUAAAGAACUUUCUUGCUCCAAGGUUAUGGAAAUUCGAAGUGAAAUCUCAGAUUUACUUUCACAAAGAUCUGGGCAUUCAAAUGUUGAAGCUGUGGUGCAGGUGGAAAGUGUGAGAGAUUCUGCUUCACAGGGGAACUUAAAUGCAGACAACAACGAUGCCAUUCUGUCAUUGGAUGAUGGCGGCAUAUAUAGAAAGCAAGACAAAGUUUUAGAUAUUCUUCAAGCUACAGAUUUGAAAUCUCCUGCUUCUACUACUGUGGCUGAUAACAAUGAAAAUCCUGUUGAUGUGUUUCACUGUGAGAAUAGCAACAAAAGAAAUGAAGCAAGAGGCUUUGGUGGAGUUAUACUGCCCUCCACUUGUCCAGAAGAUCCUUCAAUAGUCGCUGCCACUGAAUCUUCUUCCUGGAUUCACAAUGAAGAACCUGAAGCUGCUAAGCAGGAGCAUGUCUAUGAUGCUAUUGAAGCAGGUUCUCAUAUUGAUGGUCACUCACCAAUUUGUGGUUUUGAUAGUAAUGGGAAAGACUUAUCGAACCUGCAGACAGACUCUAGAAUCAAGAUGGGGUCUGGCGGAGUGGCUAGGAAUGCCAUGCUGAAUGGCCUAUCUUAUAGUAGGCGUUGUGAUGGUAUAAGCGGCAGAAAAAUUUAUCUUUUAGAUGGUAAUUCGCCCUUGUUUAAGGAUUGUUUUCAGGAGACUGAAACUGGAGAACAUUUACCAGACAAUCUAAAGGAUUUCAAAAAUAGAGGGGGAACUUGUGGGGCUGUUUCUUCAGACAUUUGUAGUCACAAGUCGGCACCUGGAGAAUGUGAGGUUUUAGACAAAUUCAAAGAAGAUUUAAUGGAGGAUAAUCAGUCACAAUUGUGGAAUUCUUUUUCGUGCAAAGUUCUUCCUGAGCAGAGUAAUUUAGAGUUAUGUAAAGUUGAACUUCAAGAAACAAAUGAAACUGUUGUAUGUGGGCAUGCCAGUGAUGAUAAAGGGGUUGCUUCUAAUGAAAGUGUGUUUGUUCAGACCAUCUUGGAGGAGAGAGAUGUUGUUGAUGCUGGUGAGACUGUGGACAUGAGCAAUAACCAGACAAGAACAUUGCAUGUACAUCAGGUGUCCACUGAUUCUUUAACAAAAAUUAUUAACAUUGAUUCUGGAAGAAGUGGUGGUUUGAGGGACGAGCAUGCAGUUCAGAAAGCCAGAUUGGAUAUAUUAGAUGGCAUAGUGGGCGAUGAGGGUGAACUUAAAGAAUCUGUAGGGAAUAAAGAGAACACUGCACCUUCCAAUAAAUUUGAUGGAGAAGUGGUUCAUAAACCAGAGUCAGCUUCAUGCAAAGAAAUGAUACUCUCUCCAGAACACCUGGGAUCAGUGGAAGCUUUGUGCACUGAGGAAGGGCCCUUUUCUUACAAGCAAAAUGUUGAGAGAAUUGAUCAAAAGGAGGCAUCUAAAAUUUUGGUGAGAAAGUUUGACUGGAGGGUUCUCGAAGGCAAUGAAGCCUUCAAGGAUGAGGAUGUAGAAGAGAAACUGGAUGCAAAAUUAAAUUGCAUUAACUGCAACGAAGUUGAUGACAUUUUCUCUGCUGAAAAUGUUCACAACAGUGGGGCAGGAGGAACUUUGAUUUCCAUAACUCCACCAAUUCUUGAAUAUACAUUGGAAAAGUCAGAGCAUGGUCUACAUAACAGUGGCAAGUUGCCUAUCACAAAGAGGGCUUAUGAAGUUCUUAGUGCAUUGAAAAGUGAAGUUGAUGAAGCUUCAUUCAUCAUGAGACUUUUAAUUGGCUCAAAAGACCUAAUCACUCAGGAUGACAAAGAAAUUUCACCCAAUGAUGCUCUGGAUCAAGUUGGCUUCACUGAAAUUGUUUGCAAGAAUGGUGCUUUAGACGAAGCAAAACCAUAUCGUAUCAACUCUGGUGAAAGUCUUUGUUACAAUUCAAAGAAUGAUAAGGCAGCUUUAAAUGGUCAGUUUGCCUUAAAGGAUCAUGAUGAUGAUAAUGGGAGCAAGUAUUUGAAAACCCUGGGACUUAAGUUGGACUAUGGGUGUUCUGAAGAUGCUGACAUAAGUGGGAAUAGAGAUCAGACGGGUACAUCAACAAGUCAUUUAAGUUGCAAAUUAUGCAAACAAGAUAAAGAGAAGGUGAAAGCAACUUCUUCAGAAGGGAAAUUUAGCAGCUCGAAUACGGCUCCAUUUGUUGGCGUAUCGAGUGAAUCCAAAUCUAAAGAUAUUUGGGAUGCACCAGGUGCAAAGUUAAUAUUUUUAAAGGACCUAUUUCGGAUGGAAAGUGAAGUGUCAUUUGUCAUGAAUGACAAUGCUUGGGCUGCUUUUUGUGGGAGUCAAUCUGAUGAAGAAAAUUUUGAGCAUGAAAGUAAAAAUUCCAUGGACAUAAUGGCAGCUGAUGAAAAUAAAGCAUCAGGGAAGAGAGAAGAGAUAGAGGCUAUGCCACUCUUGUCAGAUGUUCUGGUCCAAAAAGAAUUUGGAGGGCAAGCAGAUACUGUGGAAAAUAAUGGGGGUCUGCAUGCAAGCUCAGAGGCCCUUGGCUGUGAAAAUUCUUACGUGGUAGGAACCGUAUCGGGUAAUGCUUAUUCUGAGCCUGUUGAUAGAUUGGGGUGUCAAGUUUCUAUGCAACUAGAUGAACAAAAAAAAUCAUGUCAAGAGGAUGAUAUUAUUGACAAAUAUGAAGGUGCGAAACCAGACGACUUUUGCCAUGCUGUAUUAACUGAAGGCAAUUUUUCAGAAAAUUAUGCUACCGAUGGGCAUGAGGACCAAGAGAGGGUAGAAACCUUGAAUCAUGUGUCUCCAUUGAUUGGUGGAACUGGGGUUGAUGAAAAGGCAUCCAUUUUAGAUUGUAUUGAACUUACUAGUGCAACAAGAGAAACAAAAGUUCAAGAUGGAUCAUUGCCUAUGGUACAAGGAGCGUCCGUGCUGGAGAGUUGCACAGAGAGUUUCCGAAUGAAAGCUUGUGGUCCUUUUAUUUCUGCAGAAUCUGAAGAGUGGGAGAAUACAUUUGCCGAUGAAGUUGCUGGAAAGACAUCUAUUAUUGAGGCAGCAGAAAUUGUCUCAGUGGAGGAAUCAAAGUCCAAGGAAAUCUUGAGUUUAGCUGAAGGUGUAUCAGUUUUGCCGGAUGAGACUGCCAAAUUGAAUUUGACUGAUUUUGAAAUUGUUAAUUCCUGUGAUACAGAAGUGGCAAAACAGUUCAAACAUGAAGAAAAUUCUGAGGAUUUUGGAAUGUCUAUGGUAGAAACUGUAGAUUUGGUUGGUUUGUCUCAGCAGGAUUGCAAAAUUAACUCUCAAGGACCAGUGGGAUUUACAGGUGGAACUCCUGCUGACUGUUCUCCUGUAGAAUAUGGAAUUGGGCAUAAGAGUGAUGCCUUGGAGUCUGAAGAAUCAAGUCGAUAUAGCGGUCUGGACCAGAUGGAGGAAAUUAGCUGGAAGUUGUUAAACUCCAGGAUUUCCAGUGCAAACAAGGCCAGUAAAACAGGUCUUUACAACACUACACCAAUAAAGUUGGUUGAGAACUCGAGAUGCCACUCUAUGAUGGAUGGUUCAAAAGGUAAGGAGAACACAACAGUUAUCAAGAUGGACCACUCUUAUAAACAUAAUCUGGAUAAAUCGGCAAUUACCAGAUCUUCCAGACGACCUCUACAGAGUUUGCAGAAAUAAUAAGAACGUUGAAUGAUCAAUGAAUAUAUAUAUAUACACGUAUAGUUAGUUUGUGUUUUCAACUUUUGGUUGAAGGAUUGUACAAGGUGAGAAAAUAGCAGUGUGGUGUCCUAAUCUACUUUGAAAAACUUAUAGGGUCUUGUGAAUUUGAGAUUUGUUAAGAGUUUCUUUGGGGACCAGCGUAUUUGGGAUUUUUAUUAAGAGUUUCAAGUAUUUCUUCAGGUCAAUUAUUGCUCUGUCCUUGGUGCAACCAUGUAUGAACUUGCCACUAUGCUUGGAAUGCUAAAUUAAAAGUUGAUUUAUCUGUAAAUUUUGAAUUGAGUGGAAGAGUUUCCAGGAUCUUCGAAACAUAGUUUUGUAUCAGCUGUGUGCAUGAAGAAAUACCAUUUUACAAAAGAACUUCAGCGGUACAUGUUAGCUGGUUGAUUAGCAUGUUGCUUUUAGCUUAAAUUCUCUUGUAAUUUUCAUUUCUAUGCUUUAAAUCUGUCUUCAAAGAACGUUUUGGGUUGUACAAGUUCCAAAUCAUUUCAAAGUUUUAUGCUCCUGAAAGCCUGUCCCCAUAUUCUUAUGUUUUGUGUUUUGAAUGGCAACCUAGUUGUUAAGAUCAGUCAUUAGCAUCAGGAAAAACUCCAAAAUGAUGCUU